AUGGAUGAAAACUGUAACCGUCCCCGUGCGACCACAACAUCCAACUGGCCUGAAACAUUCUGGACUGAGACGCUCACUCUCAGAUGUGAGAUUGAGGGAGGUGGAGACUCUGAAUGGACGUUUGGAUGGAGAAGAGACAGAACAUCCAGAACAUCCAAAUAUACAACAGACAAUAAAUACAUUAUUAGCCGAGCCACUGAUUCUGACAACGGAGACUAUGAGUGCUCAGGCAGAAGGGGAUCCCCUCAUUCUACCUUCACGCCUUGGAGUGAACCCUUCAAAUUGACUGUAACAAAAAUAACACCAAAGGCUGAACUGAGAGCUGACAGCACAUCAAUUCCAGCAGGGGGCGCUGUGACCCUGACCUGUGAUGUGAACCCUCCAUCAUCUGGCUGGACGUACAUCUUGUUCAGAGGAGAUCACCCGGGCACACAAGAUGAUGGUAAAAACUUCAAUGGACGAAUCAGUGUCUCCAAGGGAGGAGUCUACAGGUGCAGAGGAGUGAGAGGAGAACCAGUUUACUACACAGAGUACAGUGAUUCAGUCACUAUCAACAUCAUUUUAUCAAACAGAGCUGUUGUGACUCUUCAGCCCCAUUGGACUGAGAUACACAGCGGAGAGAAGAUCACUUUGAGAUGUGAAAUCGAGGGUGGAGACGACGCUGAGUGGGAGUAUGAGUGGAAAACAAGCAACUCAUUCAAACCUCCAAAGGAAAAGGAAUACAGUUUUGGACCUGCUGAUACAACAAACAGUGGAAACUACAGUUGUAAGGGCAGAAAAAAAAGUGACCAGUCUCCAACAGGUUGGAGCGAUCCCAUCACAUUAACGGUUUUAUUCAGUUCACCCCAGCCUGUCCUCACCGUGUCUCCACUCUGGCUGAGUCCUGGAGACUCUGUGACUCUGAACUGUGAGGUUAAACACCCAUCAGCAGGAUGGAGGUUCUACUGGUAUGAAGCUAUUCCCAAACUAUCUGACAACUCCUACAACUACCAGCUGCUAUCUGGAAGCAGAGAUGGAACUGAAAAGUAUUCCUUCAUUGUUCAUGGACAGACACACACAGCAGGAUAUGUGUGCAGAGCUGGAAGAGGAGAAAUGAACACUCCUUAUAGUAAACCAAAGUUUGUCUGGUCUGGAGAUUUGCCUUCAUCAGCAUCUCUCACAGUGAGUCCUGAAAGAGUGCAACACUUCACCUCUGAUUCUGUCUCACUGGAGUGUAAGGGGAACUCUACUCAGUGGAGAGUGAAGUUUCAAGAGAAACUCACAAGAAAUAAUGUGUACUGGUGUGAGUCUGGAUCAGGGGAGUUCAGCAACGCUGUCAACAUCACUAAACAGAAGUCUGAAAUUAUCCUGGUGAGCCCUGUCCAUCCAGUGACUGAAGGAAGUUCAGUUAGUCUUAGCUGCAGAUUGAGAAGCUCAGAUAUUGUUUCCAAUGUGUUCUUCUAUCUGAAUAACAAACUCAUUCAAAAUGAUACCAGAAAGGAGCUUAAUAUCUCUGCUGUGUCAAAGUCUGAUGAGGGCUUCUACAAGUGUCAGACCUCAGGGAGAGAGUCGUCUCAGAGUUGGAUGUCAGUAACAGCCGUGUCCAGGCUUGGGAACCCUUCAUAUCCUGUAAUUCUCGUGAUUGUCGGGCUGAUUUGUGGAGUAGUACUUAUAAUUCUUCUGCUCCUGUUGUAUCGCUGCAGGCAGUCAAAGGACUCAUGCUUCAGGAGGCCAAGCCAGUCUGAGAGUAACAACCAAGACUCUGCCAGAAGUCAUGAACUUUACCAGAAUGUGGCUCAACCUGAUGUAUACUCUACUCUCCUACACGGUGAUGCCAGUGUCUACGAAACACUGAAAAUCUCUGAGGACAACAAGGCUGGGGAUGAUUACGUCAACCAAUCAGUAAGGCACUGAAGACACUGAAAAUGUUCUUUGAACACACAGUUUGUAAAUUCCGCCGCCAGGGGACUACCACAAAAGACGACAUCAAGGCUGGCGGGGAAUCAUGGGAGUGAUUCUCUCUGCUACUCUGUCCCCAACCCUGAUGAAAAUGAGCUAAGAGUUGACCGUAGUGAAGACAAACGAGUGAAACCGACCUGAGGAAGACAAUAUGUUUACCGACGAUGUAUCCAAGUCUGAUUUACAUGAAGUUUUUAUCACAGCAGCACAUACAGCAACAGUACGGUGUUUCCAUGGCAACGAUAUACAUGUCGUGUCUGUCAUGGAGGCUCUGUCAUGGUGGCCACCACGACAACACGGCUUCUGUUACUAUAAUAUUAAGGAUUUCUCUGGCUUUGAUAACUGUUGGAAAUAUUUGCGGGAAUGUAAGUACUAGACAAAAAAUAUAUU